UUGGGCCUCGGCCAAUCAUGCCCGAUAAAUUUCUGGCCGCCGCCCUACGAACCAGCAACGCACUAGCGUGAAAUGACGCUCAACUGAAGGCCAAGAAUUAUUCGCAUCACAAGAGCUACUUGCGCAUUAUAGAGCCCACCACUUCCCCUCGACCCCUCGACUCCCACUUGCCAAUUGUCGCUACUCACGCACUGUUGGACCGAUCCCAGACAUCUGAAGACGUCACCUCCACGAGCUGAGGAAGGGCCAUGUCCCUGGCCUCUCGCGUAGCCAACCUGUUCUCGGGAUCACCUGCCGUGGAAAGAGAACGAAGCAAGUUAAACUUUGGAGAUGAUGGGCUGUCAGAUGAAGAGCUCGGCUUCGCACAUAGGCAAUCACGGUUGCAUGCGGCAGAAUCGGACGCCAUGGCACAGAAAGAUGUCAAGGAGGAGGCACGCCCGCCAUACCUUCACGCUAUGAUAGCUGGAGGUAUUGGAGGGACAACGGGAGAUUUGCUCAUGCAUUCUUUGGAUACCGUGAAAACGCGCCAGCAGGGCGAUCCGCACAUGCCGCCGAAAUACACAUCUACGGCAUCGGCAUACUCAACGAUCUGGAGGCAGGAGGGCAUACGGCGGGGCCUGUACGGUGGUGUUCUCCCGGCACUGUUGGGUUCCUUUCCGGGAACCUUGAUAUUCUUUGGCACAUAUGAGUACAGCAAGCGUUAUUUGAUAGACGCAGGAGUUCGGCCGCAAGUGGCGUACCUGACAGGAGGAUUUAUUGCCGAUUUCGCAGCGUCUUUCAUUUACGUUCCUUCAGAAGUCCUCAAGACUCGGCUACAGCUCCAGGGCCGCUACAAGAACCCUUAUUUCAAUUCCGGGUAUAAUUACCGCGGUACAGCCGAUGCUGCCCGGACAAUAAUUCGACAAGAAGGGUUCUCUGCUCUGUAUUACGGUUAUAAGGCGACUAUUUUUAGAGAUCUUCCCUUCUCGGCAUUGCAGUUCGCAUUCUACGAACAAUGCCAGGCGUGGUCGCGCCAAUGGAAAGGCAGUAGAGAUAUCGGGUUGCCGUUGGAGCUUGCAACUGGAGCUGCAGCUGGUGGACUGGCUGGUGUCAUUACAUGUCCCCUCGACGUUGUCAAAACACGCAUCCAAACACAGGUCAACUCGCCCGAUGUGCCACUUAAGCACUCGACGCCUGUGGCCAAACAUGUUCCGGCCAGCGCGGCAACGGGGACCCAGACAACCAUAAAUCAGCAGAAGCGAUCGAUCUCUACCUCGUCCCCAUCGACAUAUACCCCUCGACCAGGUUCAAUCAACCUCGACACCUCUUCCGUCUUGACCGGCCUCAAACUGAUAUACAAGACUGAAGGGCUCGCCGGAUGGUUCCGUGGCGUGGGUCCCCGCUUCUUGUGGACAAGUGUGCAGAGUGGCUGUAUGCUGUUCUUGUAUCAAACUAUCCUUAAGCAGAUUGAAGUAUGGUCACCGCCAGAGGAGGAGAAAAUAGACGAGGUGUGAGUCUUGUAUAGAUAGUGCAUGGCAUCUGUGAUUGUAUGGCGGGUGUUGUAUGGUAUUUGCAUUGGGUGGUGUUUGGCUUUGGAAUUUACCGCAUUUGAUAGCGGAUAUAUAGACUAUAGGAGAAAUGAAAGGAU